GGGGAUUCACUGCGGACAGUCACCGCCAGGCCUCCCCUCACUGCUCCGCUCUCUUGCUCACCCGCCGAAGCGCCGACCAUGACGGGCUCACUGUUCAAGGGGAACUUCUGGAGUCCGGAUAUCCUCAGCACCAUAGGCUAUGACAGCAUCAUCCAACACCUGAACAAUGGCCGCAAGAACUGCAAAGAGUUUGAAGACUUUUUAAAAGAAAGGGCAUCAAUUGAAGAGAGAUACGGCAAAGAUCUGCUCAACCUCUCUAGGAAGAAACCAUGUGGACAGUCUGAGAUCAACACCCUGAAGCGGGCCCUGGAAGUCUUCAAGCAGAAAGUAGAAAAUGUAGCCCAAUGUCACAUUCAGCUUGCACAGACCCUAAGAGAUGAGGCCAGGAAGAUAGAAGAAUUUAGGGAAAGGCAAAAACUACAGCGGAAAAAGACAGAGAUUAUAAUGGAUGCUGUCCAUAAACAAAAGAGCUUACAAUUCAAGAAAACCAUGGAUGCAAAGAAGAACUACGAGCAGAAAUGCCGAGACAAAGAUGACGCAGAGCAGGCUGUCCACCGGAGCGCCAACGUGGUAACCCCGAAGCAACAAGAAAAGCUUUUUGUGAAACUGGCAUCUGCAAAGACAGCAGUAGAGGACUCCGACAAGACAUAUAUGAUGCAGAUCAAUACGCUGGAUAAGAUCCGAGAAGAGUGGCAGAGCGAGCACAUCAAGGCCUGUGAGAUGUUUGAAGCUCAAGAAUAUGAACGAAUAAAAUUCUUCCGGAACUCAUUGUGGUCACACAUGAAUCAGCUGUCGAAACAAUGCGUCACCAAUGAUGAUAUGUAUGAAGAAGUCCGUAAGAGUUUAGAAAUGUGCAGCAUUGAGAAGGACAUUGAAUGCUUUGUGAAUCAACGAAAAACUGGACAGGUUCCACCAGCACCCAUCAUGUAUGAGAAUUUCUACUGCCCACAGAAGAAUGCAGCCCCACAGGGAAAGGCUGUAGGACCGAACGUGGCAAGGAGAGGACCUCUCCCAGUUCCUAAAAGUUUACCAGAAGACCCGGAUUAUUCUUUCAUUGAUGGCUACAGUUUGAUCUACCAGUAACAACAAUGAGCACAGAGCCUUUUCUGGCUGAUGCUUCUAUGGCAUGGAAGGAGGCACCCAGAGCAGCUGAAUCUGUAGAAAUUGUGUCAAUCAUGAAGACUUUGAAGUGAACCCUUGCUGUAAUUUUUUGAUAUUUUAAGUUUAUGGUAAACAUUUAGUUUAAUUUAAGCUAGUAGAGUUCUGCAGUUUCUAAAAGAAGUUUACAAAUUGGCCCAGACUCAAGAAUGAUCCUUUCCCAAUCAGUUACUAAAGUUGUGAAUGCAUUGUGUUUUCUACUUGGUCCAGGACGGUCUCUGGAUUUUGAGCCUUGACUGUUGGGGGAUGGGGAACAGGGAUGGCUGGAGCGGAGUCUGAGCCCCCCACCUGCACAAGAAGCCCCUCUGGCUUUGGGGCAGCGUGCUAUGGCGUUUCCACAGCGACACACACUCUCAAUGGUGCAUGAUUUAAAAUGGCCUUCCUUUUUGGCUAGAAGACUUAGGGGCCAUCUGAUCAUGCUUUCUCAUGUUCCAGAUGAGGAAAUGAGACCCAGAAGUAUGAAAUCAGUUUCCUUACUGUUGUCCCAGCUGGUUCUGGACAGAACCAGAACUGGAGUACGAGCUCUUCGCACAUCACCAUUUUUCUAACUCUUCCUGCGGCUGUGGUGCUCAGGAUGAAAUUUAAGACGCCAACUGUUUUUGCUGGCAUCUUUUAAACUGGGAAAAUUACCAGGGUUUAAAUGUCAUAUUUAUUUUUAUAUGGUUCACUCUGUGUACCGAACUCCACAGCACCAUAUUUAAUUUAAUAAAGAAGCAUCGGUUGUAAACUAUACUAUUAUUUUACAUACCACUAAGAAAGUCAGGUGGGGGAGAGUUAACAGUUAAAUUGUGACAGUUAAUGGCCAAGCAUAUUUGAAUUUCAGAUGCUAAAGUGUGCCAAAAAGAGGGGCGGGGGCUGGGGGUGGCGGGGAGAGAAAGAUCCUCAAUGAAAUGUGGUAUUUUUACUCUAUUCCUGAUGAGAAAUUUGAGUUACAGAGCCAGAUCUCAGUCCUGGGUCUUCACAGAGAACCUUGCCCUUCCUAGAUCCUGGAAUCUCUAAAGUAUCAACCUUACCCUUUCACAAAAAUUGGGGUCUUCCCAUUGUCACCCACAAACAGCAAGGAGAUUAUGUACCUUUUGUACAACAUUCGCACACUGAGAAAGCACUUCAUUUUAGUUAAUGACAAGUUAAAACAGCACUGGUACUUAGUAUGUUGUAAAAUUUUGUUACCACAAAGCAAAUAUUUUCCUUCCCUGCUCUAUUCAAUAGCUUCCCCAGAACUAUGGACAAAUUGAUCGAAAGAAGACUGAUUAUUUUCCCUCUUUUAACAUAAGCCUCUAUUAAAAGUGAUAGUUUCUUGUCAUGACAGGAAACUUGCAACAAUUGGAUAUCCUUUUGAGAAACUGAAGUUUGCAAAGGGCCAUGGACUUCCCCAAAUGAACAGUUUCAGGAAAUUUUUCUUCAAAUUCAGAACAUUUUAUUUCUAAGUGCUUUAUUUAUUGUUGGCAAUUCCUCAGGGAUUUCACCUUUCUAUUAGUGUAAUUGAUGUAAACAUGUUUUAUGAUUUGAAAAUAUUUGUAUUGUAAUUGCUCGUUCAGUUCAAUAUGAGGUAAAAUAAAAGUUCUUGAUGAUUUGGGAU